AUAUAUAUAUACCUACUAUGUACCCACAGACGUUAAAAAUUAGAGAAAAACACACACACACACAACAAGGAGACUGAGCUGGAAGGAUGGAGCUCUGGGAUAGAUUUGUCCUACAUCCCUGCCUGGGAGGGAAUCCACACACAUGCAAGAAGACAAACUAGGACCAUGGGCUACUAAAUUAUACCACAUUGCACUCAUCGGGGUCACAGGGUUUCUUCCAAGCGACCCGCACUUGCCCAUCCCAUCUCUCUGUGACAAUGGCACCUGCACCAGACUGCAUGUUGAGGUGUCAUCCGAAAUUAUGAAAUAAAACAGAAGUAAGAGGUCUAUUAGCUCAUCACAAUGCAGUUAUCUAAGUUCAGCUGUGAACUGCCAAAUUUGAGGAGUGAUCCGACCAAACAUCUUUUCUUUGCCAUCCAAGAAGACUUACCGGAGAGAACUGCUCAGAGAAUCUGCAACAUCCGGUUCCUGGAGACAGCUAAGGAAAGAAGCAGAGGCGCAUGUUUCUGCCCAAAGCCGGGUUUUGGCCGAGGUGACUACACACCCCUUUCCUGGCUCCCAUAGGCUAAGUGCGUGGCUUCUGGAGAAGCCUGCUUCUUGAGAACAAAAAAGUGAUUUAAAGUCUCAUGGGAGAUGAGCAAUCCUCAAGACACAAGCAGAAAAAGUCCCGGUGAUACAGGAAGCGGGUUCAGGAACCUGCUGGUUCCUGAUACAUAAAUCAGACAGCCUCUGCUGCAUGACACGAAGCUCGCUUCUGCCUGGCGUCUGUGAGCAGCUGCCAGGCUCUGACCAGGAUCCCUUCCUUCUCCUCACUGGCUGAUGGAUCCCAAGGGGCUCCUCUCCUUGACCUUCAUGCUAUUUCUCUCCCUGGCUUUUGGGGCAAGCUACGGAACAGGUGGGCGCAUGAUGAACUGCCCAAAGAUUCUCCGGCAGUUGGGAAGCAAAGUGCUGCUGCCCCUGACAUAUGAAAGGAUAAAUAAGAGCAUGAACAAAAGCAUCCACAUUGUCGUCACAAUGGCAAAAUCACUGGAGAACAGUGUCGAGAACAAAAUAGUGUCUCUUGAUCCAUCCGAAGCAGGCCCUCCACGUUACCUAGGAGAUCGCUACAAGUUUUAUCUGGAGAAUCUCACCCUGGGGAUCCGGGAAAGCAGGAAGGAGGAUGAGGGAUGGUACCUUAUGACCCUGGAGAAAAAUGUUUCAGUUCAGCGCUUUUGCCUGCAGUUGAGGCUUUAUGAGCAGGUCUCCACUCCAGAAAUUAAAGUUUUAAACAAGACCCAGGAGAACGGGACCUGCACCUUGAUACUGGGCUGCACAGUGGAGAAGGGGGACCAUGUGGCUUACAGCUGGAGUGAAAAGGCGGGCACCCACCCACUGAACCCAGCCAACAGCUCCCACCUCCUGUCCCUCACCCUCGGCCCCCAGCAUGCUGACAAUAUCUACAUCUGCACCGUGAGCAACCCCAUCAGCAACAAUUCCCAGACCUUCAGCCCGUGGCCCGGAUGCAGGACAGACCCCUCAGAAACAAAACCAUGGGCAGUGUAUGCUGGGCUGUUAGGGGGUGUCAUCAUGAUUCUCAUCAUGGUGGUAAUACUACAGCUGAGAAGAAGAGCCACCUUGACUACUACCAACCAAUACUGGAGUCAAAAUGUCCUGACCCAAGACCAGGACAGAUGCCCUGGCUGCCUUCCCAUGGUAAAACGGACCAUUACCAGACAACAAUGGAAAAAAAAAGCCUUACGAUCUAUGCCCAAGUCCAGAAACCAGGUCCUCUUCAGAAGAAACUUGACCCCUUCCCAGCUCAGGACCCUUGCACCACCAUAUAUGUUGCUGCCACAGAGCCUGUCCCAGAGUCUGUCCAGGAAACAAAUUCCAUCACAGUCUAUGCUAGUGUGACACUUCCAGAGAGCUGACACCAGAGACCCAACAAAGGGACUUUCUGAAGGAAAAUGGAAAAACCAAAAUGAACACCAAACUUGGCCCCAGGCCCCAAGUUUCCUCUGACAGACAUGCUACACGUCUGUACCCUUCUCAGAUCAACUCCCUGGUGAUGUUUCUUCCACAUACAUCUGUGAAAUGAACAAGGAAGUGAGGCUUCCCAAGAAUUUAGCUUGGUCUGCAGUGGCUGCAGGUGCAGAACAGAGCGUUACUUGAUAACAGCGUUCCAUCUUUGUGUUGCAGCAGAUGAAAUGGACAGUAAUGUGAGUUCAGACUUUGGGCAUCUUGCUCUUGGCUGGAACUGGAUAAUAAAAAUCAAAGACUGAAAGCCAGGACAUCUGAGUACCUAUCUCACACACUGGACCACCAGUCACAAAGUCUGGAAAAGUUUACAUUUUGGCCAUCUUUACUUUGUUUUGGGAGCUGAUCAUGAUAACCUGCAGACCUGAUCAAGCCUCUGUGCCUCAGUUUCUCUCUCAGGAUAAAGAGCGAAUAGAGGCUGAAGGGUGAAUUUCUUAUUAUACAUAAAACACUCUGAUAUUAUUGUAUAAAGGAAGCUAAGAAUAUUAUUUUAUUUGCAAAACCCAGAAGCUAAAAAGUCAAUAAACAGAAAGAAUGAUUUUGAGAUCUCUGAGUUUUGAACAGUGGACUGGAAACCAUGUAAGAGCCUUAAAAGUACAGUUCUGUGCAAAUGGCAUUCAGUUUUAAAGAAAAAAGUAGCAAAUGUUUGAUGGUGCUGUUACUAAGGAGCUUGGAAUACUCAGAGGAACUUGUCCCGUGGUGAUUUUUCACUUCUCAAAAUGAUGUUUAAAUCCCAGUUCUCUGUUGAUUCCCUUGAACAACAAACCUGGAACCUCAGCUAAGACUCUCUGUGACCAGAUUCUGAACCUAUCUUAUAUCCAGGGCUUCAAAGGAUAUUGCAGGUCAAGGUCUUUCCUAGGCACUUUCUACUCCCUGCAUACCUCUCCUCACACUAAAUUUAUCUUCUAAUAGAAAAUUAAGUUAUUUUGGUCUAACAACUUCAAAUCAUUGAAUGCUCAAUAACUUAUUUUGCAAGCUGCAGGCAGAAAGAGCCUUUUUAAGUAAAGUCUUAUAUUUUUUCCUAUUCUCUGCUUUCAGACAGGCUGUCUUCAAUUUAAGCCCUUCUUUUUCUUAUUGGUUCUUAUAUAAACUUGGCAAGUACUGUAAGAAGCAGCCACUAUCAUACCAUUGCAUAAUAAGGGGCACCAACUUCCCAGCUCAAAAUUCAGGUCCUUAUUGCCUUGUAUCUUACCUCCUCUAUGAGGUCAAUUCACAUUGUAAGCCUGUUGCUUAGUGCAUCUCGUUUCCUGGUACCAGCUUCUUUAAUAGAGUUCUUAGUUGCAAUCAACAGAAGCUGGCUUUGGCUUUUUUAUGUAGAAAAGGAACCUAUUGAAAAGAUACUGAUUGGUUCCAAUAACUUCCAGAAGGUUCUGCAAAACCACGGUUUGAAAGUGAGCAGGAAAAGAGGAGACUAGGCUGUGGCUGGGAGCACAGCCAAAAUUACAAAAUCAGCCCAGGGAUGACGAUCCUGUUCAUGCACAGCCACUGUCCCCAGCACUAGGCACAGACUCUACCACUGCCUCACUGUCUCUGCUGGACUUGGAAACUUGACGUUACUGUUACUGCUGCACUGUCUGCCAGGAAAAUGAAUUCUCCAGGGUCCCUUCUUCAUCCUUUCAUCUCUAGCUUAUAAUUCAAAGUCUGGGAUUGAGUGGCCAAUCCUAGGUCACAUGUCCAUGUCUUAUCUCCAAGGGAGGCUGGGAAUUGAAUAUCUGGCAUUUUCCACUUUCACUUCUUAUGAGUUAAGGAAUUCUACAAAUAAUAGAAGUGGGAUUCAGGUGCUAGGCAGACAAAAAAGCCUCACAAUUAUCCACUAUGCCACCCUUGUAUAACCUUACCCUCAUUCACUGUCUACUCUCAAAACUGUGGAGCUACUAAUGAAGAUUUGUAAACCCUGGGCUUAUGAGACCUUUACUACAACCCAGAUUGCUCUAGAAGCUCAGUUCCCAGCACUUGGGUUUUUCCAGUAGCUGAAUUCUACCUGAUGGAAGGGCAGAAACAAAGGGUGAAGAAGAGGCUAUCACUUCCAAGUAUCCUGAACCCCUGGGCUCAAGACCUCACUGGGGAGGGAGUCUUUUGGGCCACCCACCAAACAGCACUGGCAUUAUGCCUCUCACCCUAGACCAUGGUUACAAGUGGUAAAACAACCCCGUCUGGUGAUACAUUCACCACUCUCUAGUUUCCCCCCAAAGGCACUCUGGAGAGAGGGAGCUUGCCUUUUCCUCAGACUUAAAACAGUAAGUUUUCCCCGUGUUUCCCCUCUGAUGCUGUUUUCUUUUGACCAAGCAUGUCUGAAUUCUACAGAAGUCAGGAGGAACACACCCAUUCUCAGUCUGAAGGGACUGAUGUUCUGAAGUACAACUGGGCACAGUUCCAGGCUCUUCAGGACGCUUCCUCCAUUCACACAGCGGGGAUGUGAUUGUUACAGGGGGUGGUGUGUGCUGGCUGAGAAGCCACUGUGAAUUGAUUCUUCUUCUGAAGUUUAUGUUUCUACUUUUUGGAAAUGAAUAAAUUACAGCCAGUCCAUCAA